CUGAACUUUGCCUUUGACAGCCAAUAUUGGCUUUAUUAGUUGUCUGUUUUUUCAUUUCUCCACAGAUCACCAUGGACAAAGUUGUACUUAGACUAACUUUCUUUGGCCUCCUAUUCACCUGUUUCAACCUGGCUGCUGAAGACAAGAAACAAGAUAUAGAUAUUUACAGCUUCCAAAUUAACUCUACGGUCACCAGCCGCUACGCUACAACAGUCAUCACAAGCCGUGUGGCAAACCUGUUGAAUCAGUCUCAAGAGAUCCAUUUUGAGGUCAAGAUUCCCAAGGAUGCUUUCAUCAGCCAGUUCAGAAUGACCAUAGAGGGAAAAACAUAUGAUGGGGUUGUGAAGGAAAAAGAAGAAGCUCAGCAGCAAUACAAUCAAGCAGUAUCUCGAGGACAAAGUGCUGGACUUGUCAGUGCUGUUGGGAGGACUUUAGAGGACUUUAAAACUUCAGUGACGGUGGCUGCUUUUAGUAAAGUGACUUUUGAGUUAACCUACGAGGAGCUGCUAAAACGUCGCCUCGGCAAAUAUGAGCUACUCAUCAAUGCCCAACCGAUGCAGCCGGUGGCUGACUUCAAGAUUGACAUACACAUCCACGAAAAUCCAGGAAUUUCCUUCUUGGAGGUCAAAGGUGGUCUGAGCACUAAGGAUUUGACCAAUGCAGUCACAACCAUCAGAGCAGACAAAGAUGCAUGGGUGAAGUUCUACCCGACUCGUGACCAGCAAACAAGGUGUGAUGACUGUAGUAAAAAUGGUCUGAAUGGCAACCUGAUUAUUAUGUAUGAUGUUCAGAGACAAAAACGAAGUGGAGAUCUGACGGUAUCAAAUGGCUACUUCGUCCACUACUUUGCACCUACAGAUAUUCAACGCAUUCCCAAAAACGUGGUGUUUAUCAUUGAUCAAAGUGGCUCCAUGAGGGGCAAAAAAAUAGAGCAGACCCGUUUGGCAAUGCUGAGGAUUUUGAGUGACAUUGCUGAGGAUGACCGCUUCGGAUUGAUCACGUUCAGCGGUCACAUUGAAACCUGGAAACCUGAACUCCUAAAAGCAACUAAAGGAAACGUGGAAGAAGCGAAAGCAUUUGUGAAGGGGAUUACGAGUAGAGGAUCCACAGACAUUAAUGCUGCAGUGCUAAAAGCUGUGGACAUGAUUAAACAAUACCCGCAAGAGGGAUCCGCAUCCAUCCUGAUCCUGCUGACUGAUGGAGAUCCCACUACAGGUGAGACUAACCCAGUGAAGAUUCAGAAAAAUGUCAAAGAGGCGAUUGGUGGAAAAUUCCCUUUGUACAGUUUGGGAUUUGGGUUUGAUGUCAGCUUUGAAUUUCUGAAUAAGUUGUCGUUGGAAAACAAAGGUGUUGCUCGCAGGAUCUACGAGGAUUCUGAUGCCGAUCUACAGCUGCAGGGCUUCUAUGAGGAAGUGGCUAUCCCGCUCUUGACUGAUGUUCAACUUAACUAUCAAGGGGUGGGCAAUUUAACCCAAUCCACUUUCAACCAGUACUACAAUGGUUCUGAGAUUGUGGUAGCUGGCCAGAUCACUGACAACAGUUUGGAAAGUUUCACCACUGAGGUCAUUGCAUUAUCGAAAAGCACUAAGGUUGUAUAUCAUAGCAAUGUACCUACAGGGGACCUUGACAUUCCUCAAAACAAGAACUUCAUUAAAAGAUUAUGGGCCUUUCUUACAGUGAAGCAGCUACUGGAGAAAAUGGUGCUUCUGGAAGGGCUGGAAAAAGACAACGCGAAGAAAGAAGCCCUUGCUCUUUCUCUAAAGUACAAAUUUGUCACACCGCUUACAUCACUGGUAGUCACCAAGCCCCAAGAUGAGGAAAUGCAGGUUGCCCACAAACCUAAAGAGGAAAAAAAAACAAAUAGGCUUUCAUCAGGAAUUACUAAAACGUCAGGAAGUAGUCAAAACGUGAAAAGAAAAAAGACCAGUCACAGAACACCUUCAGCUUCUGCGUUUCUUCCUGACAGCCGUGUAGGGCUAUAUGAGUCCCAUGUCUCAUUUAGUCAAAGGCAGCAAUAUGUCAGGAUGAAAGAACGUUAUCCAAAAAUUCUUUCCGUAGUACAAUCACCAAGAACAACUCGGAAACCUCCGACAACCUCUCCUCCAUUGAGGAGCAUAAGGAUCUUGAAAUCUUCUGGUAAUGCUCGGCCGCUUUGUUACAACGUUCCUCUUGCUCAGAAAGUCAGACUCCUACAGAAUGUCUUAUCGGAAUUCACUAUGAAUGGGCAACAUGAGUCAUUUGGAGGAGAAGGCUUUAGUCAAAUUACAAUUCAUUACAAAGCUAAUCACCAUCUGCUGCUCAGCACUAGUGAAAUUAACUACACUGAUGGGCAGGAAACUGUGAAGUUUUCAUGGGAGCAAGACCUCAGUCACCAUGAGAGAGAAAACGUGUCUCUGAUUCUACGGAGCAAUGAAAUGGACAUUACAAUGGGAAACAUCCGCGCUGUUAUUCUUCUUCAUAAAAAAGACAGUGACAUAUUCCUGUGGCCUGCCAUUUGGCAACAACCAAAAGAUGUCAGUUUGAUGGGUAUUUUAGGAGAGGCUGAUAUUUCAUAUGAGGAGAUCCCAGGAUCACAAACCCCAACUUUAAAGUUAAAAGACAAGGAAGUGAAGACAUCUUGGGUGAUGGUGAAGGACUACAGACUUGCUUCUGCUCCUGUGGUUGGAUGUUGGCUUGUACCAUUCCAGGCUGUCACACAGCAAAAGCUUGCAGACUUCACUGUCACUCAGCUGGUUCAAGAGACUCUGAUUGCAAAUAAAGGGGGAGGUCUGUUUCCUGUGCAGAUCAUGAUGGAUCGAGCAGCUCUCCGGCUGAUUCUCCUGGGCGUCUUUCUCAUCUCAGCCGCUUCAGAUCCUGUUGGGAAGAAAGAAAAUGUGGAUAUAUACAGCUUCUACAUUAACUCCACGGUCACCAGUCGCUACGCCACAACAGUCAUCACAAGCCGCGUUGCCAACACACUGAAUGAAUCUCAAGAGAUCCAGUUUGAGGUCAAGAUUCCCAAGAAUGCCUUCAUCAGCAAAUUCAGAAUGACUAUAGAGGGAAAAACAUACGAUGGGGUUGUGAAGGAAAAAGAAGAAGCUCAGCAGCAAUACAAUCAAGCAGUAUCUCGAGGACAAAGUGCUGGAUUGAUCAAAUCUGUUGGAAGGACUUUAGAGGACUUUAAAACUUCAGUAACGGUGGCUGCUUUUAGUAAAGUGACCUUUGAGUUGACCUACGAGGAACUGCUAAAGCGCCGCCUCGGCAAAUAUGAGCUACUCAUCAAUGCCCAACCGAUGCAGCCGGUGGCUGACUUCAAGAUGGAUGUGCACAUCCAAGAGAAACCAGGAAUUUCCUUCUUGGAGGUGAAAGGAGAUUUGAGCACCGGUGAUCUGGCCAAUGCCAUCAAAACCACCAGAGCCGAUAAAGAUGCAUGGGUGACCUUCUAUCCCACACGAGAUCAACAGACCAAGUGUAAAAGCUGUGGAGAAAAUGGGUUGAAUGGCAACCUGCUAAUAACAUACGAUGUUGAGAGGCGAAAUCCCAAAGGAGAAGUCAUGGUAUCAAAUGGGUAUUUCGUCCACUACUUUGCACCCUCUGAUGUUCCACGUAUUCCCAAAAAUGUGGUGUUUAUCAUUGACCAGAGUGGCUCUAUGCAUGGCAGAAAAAUAGAGCAGACUCGUUUGGCACUGCUAAGGAUUUUGAGUGAUCUUGAUGAGGACGACCACUUUGGAUUGAUCACCUUUGACAGUGAAGUUAGCUUAUGGAAGCGUGAGCUCCUCAAAGCUACUGAGACGAACCUGGAGAAUGCAAAAUCUUUCGUGAAGGAGAUCAGAGAUAGAGGAGCCACAGACAUAAACGCAGCAGUUCUAGCAGGAGUGGAGAUGAUCAGUCGACAUCCACGAGAGGGAACAGCCUCCAUCCUCAUCCUGCUGACUGAUGGAGAUCCCACUUCAGGUGAAACCAACAUAGAGAAGAUCAUGGCCAAUGUGAAAGGGGCCAUUGGGACAAAGUUUCCCCUUUAUUGUCUUGGUUUUGGAUAUGAUGUUAACUUUGACUUCCUGACAAAGAUGUCACUGGAAAAUGGUGGAGUUGCUCGCAGGAUUUAUGAAGAUUCAGACGCUGAUCUACAGCUGCAGGGCUUCUAUGAUGAAGUUGCCGUCCCUCUCCUCACUGAUAUUCAACUGAAAUACCCAGGAGGGACAAAUCUUACCAAGACCAGCUUUGGCUUGUACUUCAAUGGCUCUGAGAUUGUGGUGUCAGGACAAAUCACAGACAACAGUGUGGAGAGUUUCACCACUGAAGUCAUCGCAGUAUCAAAAGGCAGUAAUGUGAUGUAUCAGGACACUAUAAUGACAAAAGACCCUAGUGAUGUCCCACCUGAGAAUGAAGAUUUCAUGCAGAGAUUGUGGGCCUACCUUACAGUGCAGCAGCUUCUGGAAAGACAGGUGCUUCUUAAAGGACAAGAGAAAGAGGAUAAAAAGAAAGAAGCUCUCAAACUCUCUCUGAAAUACAAGUUUGUCACUCCCCUCACCUCUAUGGUCGUUACCAAGCCACAAGAAGGUGACGUGGAAGUUGCAGACAAACCCAAAGAGGGAGAAACGCCACCCAGACCUCCAAUAAUGAACCUCCGUCCUAUACCUCAUGGUGCCGCUGCAUCACCAGGAUUGAGUCAGUACAACUAUGGUCCACCCGGUCCACCUGGUCGUCCAGUGUUCCAUGGAUAUGUUGGCAGUCUUCCAGUGAAUCGCGGCGGACGAUAUCACUCUAAUGGUCCUGUUGCACUUCCUGGAGUAAGAGUUGAGGAUUAUGAUUUUGGCAGCAAAUUGAUCUUGGAUCAAAGACAGAUGAUUCCGUGGAAAACAAUUGUUGCUACAGCCAUGCCAGUUUCAACAGUUCGUAGAAAUCGUUUCGUGCUGUCUGUUGAUGGUCAGUCUAAGCCACUUUGUUUUGACGUUCCUGUUCCUUACAAACUCAGACUCCUGCGGGGUUUAACUUCACAGUUCUCUAUGAAUGGAGAAUCCAUGCCUGGACAAAAUGGAUUUCAUGAAAUUGCCAUUCAUUACAAAACAAACCAUCAUCUGACAAUAAACACAACGUCUAUCAGAUACACUGAUGGCCAGAAUCAUCUUGAGUUUUUGUGGAGCCAGAGACCAACCCAACACAUUACAGAGGACGUGUCUCUGAUUCUACGAAGCAAUGAAAUAGACGUCACCAUGGGAAACAUCCGCGUCAUUAUUCUUCUCCAUAAGGAAAAAAGGCACACGUUUUUGUGGCCUGCUGUUCAGCAACAGCCAAAAGAUGGCAGUUUGACAGGCAUUUUAGGAAAAACUGAUGCUUCAUAUGAGGAGAUUCAAGGAUCACAAACACCAACUCUAAAAAUAAAUGACCAGGAAGUGAACGCAAGCUGGGAGGAUGUCACAGACUACAGACGUUCUUCAAAGCCGGUUAUCAAAUGCUGGCUUGUCUCGUUCUACGCUGUGAUGCAGAAAGACAUUUCUGAUUUCAUUACCGCACCUGGGUUCAAAGCGGGCAAAUGAGACACUGGGACAGAGCAUGUUUCCAUGUAAAAGUGUAUGGUUUCUGUCACUGGCAAACCAUGAAAUCUCUGACACCCAUCUUGUCAUGAAUUCAUCGACAUAAAAACAAUGUGUUAGAUUCUGGAACACUUUUAAAUUUGUUUGAAUGUAUUUAAAAUGAUCCCUCUUCAAAAUCUAAAUGAUUGUAACCAUAAUGUGCAUUUUAGGAUUCCAGUUUAAUCAAAUAAACAUUUCUGUCCAUUAAACACUUAAA